AUGACAUACUUAGUUAUUGGAGUUUUGUCCAGUCUGCAGACGUCAUUGGCAUUUUUUCUCUGGCCCGAUCCUACCAGACCUCCAACCGUUUUUCAACCACCAUGUGACCUGAUAAAAGAGUAUUUAGUGUUGAGACAAGCAAUCAGCAGCCAACCUUGCAUAAGCAACACACAAAUUUGGUCUUUGCUGGAGCCGGUAGCCAUUCACCAACGUGCAUGCUUAGGGAGAGCUAUUUUAGAAAUAACAGCUUAUCUCACUGCCGCCGUGGAUCACGGUGAAAACUGUCAAUGUAAUGGUGAAUUUUAUAAGAACCCGAUGAACCCAGUUGGUGGCGGACACGACCAUUACGGAGAGUGUCUGUUCGGCAAUUCCAACUGUCAGUGUAAGAGUUUUUAUGUAUGUUUUUGCACGCGCUUGUACCUGUGGGACUAUUUUUACCUGCGUUAUGGACAUUAUAAUGAAAAGUCACAGUGUCAAACGCAUCACCAUGUUUGGAAACAUCUCAGGGAUAUUCACAACGUUGGUGGUGAUCUUCAAGGCGACAUGGUUCUACAUUUAAGCCUAACGUAUUCAUAUGGACUAAAGGAUACAUGUGUUUGCAAACUGAACCAGCCAUCGACACCAGAGUCAACCAUCUCUUCAGCAACGACUACCAUCAACGCAAAUUUCCCAUCUAAAACUACUCUACAGAGUAGACCAACAGCUGUAAUCACGCAGCCAAGCACAACAAUGUCCACUGUAUCACUGGGUUUUCCAACAUGCAAGAAGUAUGACAUUGUUUCUGACAUUGCAAAAGGUAAAUUUGAAUCUCAUCCCGCGGCUAGACAAUGUACUUCUGGGAACAAAACUUCUCACGAGGCCUUCAUAUUGGUGAAUUGUGAUGCUGUAUCUCCACAACUUUGGAAGAAAGGAGCAAGUGUGAUGUCUAGUUGUGAUACACUACCAUCUUACACUCCUAUAGCUGCAAUCAAAAACGUCAGUACAGAAGCGCAGAGAGAAUGGGAAUUGUCUGGAAUUUUCAUAGGCUGUGUCAGUGGUGGUUUUAAGAUGUCGUACCAAGACUGUGACACUAAACCGACAAUUGUUCACAUAGAAAGCGGAAAUGGCACCGGCAUACAUGAUCCUUACAAUUACUUUGUCAUCGUCAAUUCGAUAUAAUAAUGCG